GGACUUGAUUUCCCCUUAUGCCAUCAGUCAAACCUCAUGAGCAGUCACCGUGGCUAUGGGUUGGUGCCAGGAACCGAGCACUCAGGCGGUGGUGAUGGCUCACGGUUCUCAACGCCGCGUGGUGCAGGCAAACUGGGCAAGAAGCGGGCACUGUCCAUCUCACCCCUGUCAGACUCUAGCAUUGACCUGCAGACGGUAAUCCGCACCUCACCCAACUCCCUUGUUGCGUUCAUCAACUCCCGCUGCGCCUCUGCCAGUGGCUCCUAUGGCCACCUCUCCAUCAGCACCAUCAGUCCAUCACUGGGGUACCAGAGUCCACCGGGUCAGCAGAAGGGCCAAGGCCACCUCUACAGCCACACUCCCGCACCACCACCAUGUAGCUCCCAUGAACACCUGUCCACCUGCCCAGGGCUCCUGCACCAUGCCCCAGCUCGUGGGACCCUCAAACACUGCCAGCAGCUAAAGUUGGAGUGGAGCCUGAGCAGCCCUCUGACUGUCAAAUACCCAGAGGAGAGGUCCGAGGGCGACAUCUCCAGUCCAGCUUCCACAGGCACCCAGGACCCCUUGCUGGGGAUGCUUGAUGUUCGGGAAGAUCUGGAGAAGGAGGAUGGGAAACCUGAAUCUGAGACUGUGUAUGAAACCAAUUGCUACUGGGAUGGCUGUGCCAAGGAGUUUGAUACGCAGGAGCAGCUGGUGCAUCACAUCAACAAUGAGCAUAUCCAUGGGGAGAAGAAGGAGUUUGUGUGCCACUGGGCAGCAUGUUCCCGGGAGCAGAGGCCCUUCAAAGCUCAGUACAUGUUGGUGGUGCACAUGCGACGUCACACAGGCGAGAAACCUCACAAAUGCACGUUCGAGGGCUGUAACAAAGCCUACUCACGUCUGGAGAACCUCAAGACGCAUCUGCGCUCACACACGGGUGAAAAACCCUAUGUGUGUGAACACGAGGGUUGCAACAAGGCCUUCUCCAAUGCUUCUGACCGGGCCAAGCAUCAAAACCGCACUCACUCUAAUGAGAAGCCCUAUGUGUGCAAGAUUCCAGGCUGCACCAAGCGCUACACAGACCCCAGUUCCCUGCGCAAACAUGUGAAAACGGUGCACGGCCCUGAUGCCCAUGUCACCAAGAAGCAUCGAGGGGAUGUGGUGCCAGGUCGUGCACUGCCCACCCCCAGUGGCCCCCCAGACAUGAAGCAGGAGAAAGACACAAAUGGCCCCACUGAGGCCCGGAAGGAUGACAGCAAACUCUUGGUACCUGACUUGGCCUUGAAGCCGCAGCCCAGCCCAGGUGGGCAGUCAUCAUGCAGCAGCGACCACUCCCCACUCGGCAGCACCACCAACAAUGACAGUGGGGUGGAGAUGGCGGGCAACGCAGGUGGGAGCUACGAGGAUCUGUCCACGCUGGAGGAUGUGGUGCCUGGUGAGCCCAUGGGCACCUCAGGGCUCAUGGCCCUCCACAAGCUAGAAAAUCUUCGCAUUGACAAACUGAAGCAGAUGAGGAAGCCAUCAUCUAUCAAGGGCCUGAAUUUGCCAGCCAUCCCUGGAGCCGGCCUGCCUGGGGGGCUGCCUGGGAUCUCCGUGCUGCCACCAGCUGCCUCGCACCGGCGCAUUGCGGAGCUGUCAGCAGCAGAGAUGGGCAUGCCACUGAACGAGCGCCGGAGCAGUGCCACCAGUACCGUAAGCUCAGCCUACACUGUGAGCCGGCGCUCAUCUCUGGUGUCCCCGCACCUGGCUGGGCCAUGUCUGGGUGGCGAGGCAGGGGCAAUGCCCAGUGGGGCAGGCCUGGCAGACAGCUAUGACCCCAUCUCUCCGGACGAGUCGCGACGCUCCAGUGACGCCAGCCACUGUGGAGGGCUGCCAGGUGUGGGCAGCCUUACCCCGGCCCAGCGCUACCGUCUCAAGGCCAAAUACGCUGCAGCCACAGGUGGCCCACCCCCAACUCCACUGCCCAACAUGGAGCGGGUGGGCAUGGGUGGCCACAGCAGCUUACCUGGGGACUACCUUGCGCCAGCCAAACCCUGCUUCCUUGCAAAUGGUUUGCUGCGAAGGCAUAGUUCCAAUGACUACCCUGGCUAUGCAGGCAGCGUUCCACCUCACCUGGUGCCUCGGAAUGGUGUGCGGCGGGCCAGCGACCCUGCCCGGACCGUGGCCAACCCUCAUGCUGUGCCCAAGGUGCAUCGUUUUAAGAGCAUGGGUAAUGUGAAUGUGCCAGGAGUGGGCAGAACUGCUCUGCAGCCCUUGGGUGGUUCUGAUGCCAACCUUCAGCGCCAUGUCUUCUCCCCACGCCCACCCAGCAUCAGUGAAAAUGUCUUCCUGGAGAGCGUGAGCACAGAGGGCCCUGGCGCAGCCACGGAGUCUGGCUUGCUAGAGAUGGAACAGUACUUGAAUUACCCCGAGGAAAGCUUCCCAUGCCAGGGGACAGGUGUGGAGCGCCAGUGUGAAGGCCUCUACAGCAGCGCUCACCGGAUCACGGAGGGUAUGCAACUGAACCCAGGAGGGCACAGGGACAUGGAGGAGGGGUUGCUUCAGUCCGAGUUCUCCCUCCCUCAGUGCCAGAUGAACCAGCACUUCACGAGUAUGCAUGCUGGCAACGGGUCCAUGCCAGCUCCUUGGGAUGAACCUUCCCAAGGCAAUCUGGAGAUGAGAUCUGGGCAGUCAAGUGUCAGUGCCUCUGCUGCUGCCAUGUCUGGGCCACACUGUCACCAUCUAAGUACUGAGUACCCACUACCCAGUUCUUGUGAGCAGCAACCCAAACUUGUGAGCUCAUGCCAGGACAGUGGAUUUUCUGGGGGGCACCGGCUUAACCGACUACAGAUCAAAUCUGAGCAGCGUUACCCAGCACCUGCCCCAGCACUUGCUCCCUGCCAGAAUGCCAAGCUUGCUGGACCCAUGCAGCCUCCUGCAUCAUUUGGCCAAGCUAUGAAUGUAGGGCCUGAUGGUUACCAGUCCGAGGAACAGGCACCUGUCAGUUUCAUGGGCAUGCUGAGCCUGGGCGCUAGAAGAGCCCAGACCCCCACCAUGCAGACCAAAGAAGUGAUGGUCCGUAGCUAUGUGCAGGCCCAGCAGGCUCUGAUGUGGGGAGACCAACUAGCCUCCAAGGGAGGGGAGGCUGGCAUGGGGUUGAGCAGUGAACCUGGGCAGUGCCAAGCUAUGCAAGCACCACUGUACCUCAGCCCCAGGUACGCUGGUUACCAAGCCAAACCAGAUCACCUGCAGGGUCUGGCAGAGACCCAACACCUCCUAAAUGCCCCAUGCUUCAACCCAGAGAUGGUACCACACCCACCUGGUGGCCCUAAACCACCCGGUCACCAAAACAAUCUGAACUAUGCGGGCAACCUGGCUCAGCCAAGUCAUUCCUAUGAGGGAGUGGAAGCCAGUUCCCGGCGUGUACCUCGCUUGCCCCCUGCCCGCCCCACACCUGAGGGGCCCGGUAAUGCCCUGCUGUAUUACCCAGGCCAGGGCACACAUGUGCAGGUGGGCAAAGGUGGGCAUAAGCUGCUGGGCCAAACAGCAGCAAGCUGUGGGGGUCCCGGGCAUUAUGGUGGGAGCUUGGAAGGACUCAAAGGCAGCUCAUAUUACUACCUGGAUUCGGGGGAGCAGGUGGCCAACAGCCUGGACUCCCUGGACCUGGAGAAUACGCACCUUGACUUUGCUGCCAUUGUGGAAGAUCCAGAGACACCUGCACUGCUGCCUGGGCCCCCAAGCCCUGCUGGUGGCCUCCUGCUUCCUGCAUCUGGUGGUGCCAACAUGGCUGUGGGUGACAUGAGCUCCAUGUUGAGUACUCUGGCAGGGGAGAGCCAUUUCCUCAACUCCCUGUCCUAA